AUGCCAAAUCAUCAAGGCUCCUAUGACAAUGGUUCCAUUAUCCAUCACCCCCUCGACGACGAUUCCGACAGUGAUCAGGAUCAACCCCACGCAGCCAAGAAGGGAGGCUGUGCUUUUGACGCCGUGCGGAACAAGCUCAUUCGAACCAUGUCUCACGACUCGAGUACCAAGAACCCAUCCCUUACUUCUCUUGGCAAUAGCGACGAGGAGAUUGCACGACGAGCCGAGUUGAGGCGUCUCAUGCGUCAGAGAAUCCAGGAUGAGCUGCAAACAGAACAACCAGACGACGACAUGGAAAACAAGCCUGCGCAUGGAAUUCGCUGCAUAGCAUCCAUAGUCAACCUCGGCUUGCCAAGUGCUGGACCUCGAGACGCCAUUGAAUUCGCUGUCAAUAAAUCUCCCUCUCUCGAUGCCCGAGUACCACGGUCUGGCAAGGAUCAAUCUCACGAAAGAGAUGUGCUAGAGUCGCAAAACUCCACGGAUGACCAAAAGAAAAUGUCAUUGGAUCGAAAUAAUCUGACGGAAGAAGACAAUAAGGCUGAGAAGGACGGUGAUAAAAGCAAUGGAACUGAUCUUGCCACCAAUCUCCCAUCGCAAACAUCUCGGUCCGGACAAAUAGAGCAAGCCCAUUCUCAGAAGUCUUUCCAGUUGUCUAAUAGUGCCACUCGUCUUGAUCGCAUUUUGGGCCCUGACAAUAGCUUCAAUAGCCGCCAUCCUUCUUCUUCCGCCGAUGGCCACUCGGCUCUUGGAGUGUGGCUGAUUGCUCAGGGUCUUCGUUCACGAGACAACUCGACUCUUCAUUUUGACGAUGACGAAGAGGAAGAAGCAGCUGGAGAUGGUAUCGAUAGCUCUGAGGUUGUAAACCAGCCUGGACCUGCGGAAACAGCGAAGAAAGAAUCGACCUCCGGCUCCCAGAACAUCCUCUCGAAGGAAGACACGUUACCAACCAACCAAGUGUCUGUGGCCACUGGUACACUUGAUAGGGUGAAACUAAGUGGUGACCUCGAUUCAGAACGAUGCAAGGUGAAUCCUUAUCCCGAGAUCGGCUCUCGUCGCACUGGACACACUUCUUCACAUCUUUCCGGAGAACGAACUGGAGCUCCGACGGUGGCAACAACUCGCAACUCUCUUGUCGAUAACUCAUCAUCAUGUUAUCCAUCCAAGUUUCAACCAAGCCCUGCUCGCUCUCGACAGAAUUUGUAUAGUCUAGAUCUCAAAGAACUCGAAGGUAUGGAACUGUCCCCCUUCAAGUGGCAGCCCAAAUCGUCUCAGGACCAAGAAAGUGCCUCAAAGCAACAGAGCUCGAGCAACGACGAUGAGCCUCAAAGUAAAGAAAUUGACGUUGAUCAUGGCUGCCAGGGCCAAAAUCCCACCCAAGCCGCUCCCGACCCAGUGUCACGGUCACAAUCAGAGUGUGCGAGUUUUCUCCAACGUGAGGCCGAACUUGGAACGAUUGAGAGACGAUUUGGCGACUUACUCAGUCGAAAAAAGCCCAACAGUCAGUAUACGAGCCGGUUCCGCGAAGAGUUCAACGAGCCCUCUCUCGGGCAGCCUGUUCGCAAGUCCUUCAUGAGCAAGAUUCACCUCACCGUCCCAAUCCGGUUCAAGGUCAGUUCACAAAGCCUCAGUGGUCACGACGAAGGAAAUACGCCUGGCCUCUCACGAGAGCCAAGUCCUACGCCUGGUUUUCCAGAGACGACGAUCGGCCACAAAAAAGGAGCAAGCGAUAGACGAAAGAAGCUGUCGAAUCUGAGCAUCCGGUCUCAUAUGAGCCCACUAUCAUCGGAGAUCUUCCAAAAGCCACAUUUGGAACGUCAGGAAAGCGCUACAGACUUGUGGCAACGUGCCAUCAGGCUCGAGGCAGAAGAACGGCACAGCGGCAGCAAUCGCUUAAGCACGCCCAAUCCGGACCAUCAACGAAAGUACCCGGAACUCGAAAUCCAGCCCACAGAGUCAGGAUAUGAAGAACUUCGGGUGCUAGAGAGGGAAAUCAAUAACAUGAAAGGCGAGAACAGGUUGUCAACACCUGAGGGUGAAGCGUCAAGACCACGAUCCACCAAGAGUUUGGGUGACCGGAUAUCUGCUUUGAUGCACGAGGCAGCCAUGGAGGAGCAUCAUGACCAUGGUGAUGAAUCGGCCUUGGGCGAAACCCUUGCUACACCUGUCACACCCAGCCUACUUCAAGAGAGUAUCGUGGCAACAGACGUGUUUCUUACGCCAGAAAGCCGCCUCUCUUACGCCAAUAGCAGCCAGCAGGGAAAGUCAGGCUCAGAUACAGGGUCGGCAGAAAUCAGAGGGCGCGAGGCACUCAAGGCAUUUAUCGAGACCGAUCAACGUGCACAUCGUUCAAGAUCGAUAACCUGGGCAGGAAGGCCUCAGGCUGAAGACACACGAAAGCAGCAACGCUCUGACAACGCAACUGGCAGUUUAUAUCAGAACGAAACGAAGAGUAUGAGUAUGCGACCUCACAGCAGAUGA